UCUGCUCUGCAAGCAGCGAAAGGUGGAGAGAUUUUCCCCCUCUCACACUCUUGACUGUCACACACACAUAUACACACACACACACACACGCGACCUUUGACUGAAACGGGACGCAUCGAAACGUAACAGGACUAUGGACCUGAGCCUGCGAGAUGCUCUGGGUGGGGGUGGAGGUGGGGUCCCGGGUGGGGCCCCUGCUGAGGCCCUGCUGAAGAGAGACUUUGUGGCCUCACUAGAGAAAGAGAGCUAUGAUGACAAGGUGGGAGAGACAGUCUCCAAGAGCGACUACCGGCCCUUACUGGAUGGAAAGGACACCAAGAGCGGUCCAGGAAUGAUGUCAUCAGGGGGACGCCAAGACCCACCAGGACAGUCUGCCUUCAGCUCUGACUACCUGUCCGGUCCUAUGAUGGGUGGGAGGACAGAUCAAUGGAGCAAGACAAAGGAUAAAAGCACGCCUGACUCAUUUCUAGGCUUUUCUCAGUCUGGGAUGAGAGGGACCACGGGGUCCAGCCUGCCACCGUUCCAGACCAGUAUGAGCUCCACUGUCGGCCAGACUGGGAUGGGUUCAGCCAUGGACACCCAGAAGAGUUCGGGCGUAUUUGGUGCAGAAAACAAAACCACCAGUAACACCAGUGGAAGCAAUCUGUUUUCUUCUGGUGGCCCAGGAAUCCACUCUAUGGAUCACUCUGCAGUGAAAUCUGACAACAAGGACAAGCAGGAGAAGACAGACAAGUUUGACGCCUUUGACAAGAAAGAGAAAGACGAUCAGCAGAAGAAGGACACUGGCCCGGACAAGAACCAGAAGUCUGAGAAGAUCCUCAAAGACGAGGAGAAGAUGGAGAAGAUGAACGCGGAGAAAAACAACAAGGCCAACGAGAAGGCAGAGAAGGUGGACAAGCCGGAGAAGACCAACAAAGACGAGAAGAAGGAAGAGGAGAAGAAGCUGGCCGAGAAGGGAGGGAAAGGGACAGCCAAGUCUCCAACAGGCAACAGCAGCAAGACCCUGCCCAGCCCUGACAGCAAGAGCAAGCCUGACGUGGGUUCAUCUAAACCAAACUCAGCUAAAUCCCGCCCAUCCACCCUCUCCACCAAUGGCGAGGCCAAACGCCCUUCCCCCACCACAGCCUCAGCCAAUAAAAAAAGCCCUGUACCCAAGGCGACCACACCCACCGCCGCUAAGCGGCCGCCAAACGCAGCUGGCUCCGCUAAGGCUGCCAAGACUCCAGAAAAUGAGAAACGCCCACCUGUGCCAAAGGCCACGCCCACACCCCGUGCGACUGCCAGUAAGAAUGGCUCCUCUGCGACUGCUGCAAGUAACCCUGCUGCGAGCAAGAAUGACAAGACUGAGAACAAGACAGGCGAGGCCAAGAAACCCAAGACUACAGCCCGUCCUCGCCAAGCCUCCACCACCACUCCUGCUGCCUCCACUAACGGCGAAACCUCUCACCGCCGCCGUGUCAUCACUAAACCCCCCGUGCCCAAGCAGACCCCAAUGGAGAAGAAGCCGGCGGUGCCGCGUGCUCCUCGAACCCCCCGGCCCAUCAACGCUCCAACACCUGACCUGAAGAACGUCCGCUCCAAGAUCGGAUCCAUUGACAACAUCAAGUACCAGCCUGGCGGAGGAAAGGUCUCCUCCACCCCGAACAACAAGGCGUCGGACCCCUCCACCCCUGCCACCAAGGCCAGAUUCCAGAUCAUGCAUAAGAAGGUUGAUCUGAGCAAGGUGACGUCCAAAUGUGGCUCAAAGGACAACAUCAAAUAUAAGCCAGGUGGAGGUGAUGUGAAGAUUGAGACCCAUAAGCAAAACAUUAAGACUAAGUCUAAGAUUGGAUCCAUGGACAACGUGGGGCCGGGCAACGGACAGACCAAUGGACACAAGGAGGAGAAAACGGAGAAGACAUCUUCACCCCCGAGUGGCGCUCCGACAACUGGAUCAGCAGGUGUUGCUAAGGCAACAGCACCAGGAGGUGUUGCUAAGGAGAAUGGGGUGAAGGAGCCCACACCUACUCCUUUCGGGGGAGACGGACUGAGGGAGCAUAGCAUAGACAAACGCAUCACUGAGACAAAUUGAGUCCCAGUGACCUGUAGAUUUUGGUGGGACACGCAUGGCACUCGCCGACCUGCCAAUCAACCGAACAACCAACCUACCACGGCGCAGUCACCUCCCUUUGGCCCCGCCCUUCAUCUCGCCCCACCGCAGCACCGAAUCGACCGAUCGCCUCUCAGUGUUUCUCUGGGGUCUGCCUGCCGGCUUCCUGCUACCAACCCUGACCUUUAACCUCUCAACGGUUAAACCUUUGGCCCUGCCUACCACAGAGAACAGCACCUGCUGUUUGUCUGUGUUUCUGUGUGCGGAGUUCCACCAGCUUCUCGACUGAUAAAAUUCCCUUGUAAACACUAAUUUAGAGGACUUCAACCUCAAACCCCAAAUUGAACAACUCCAACGCAAUAAACCCUCUAUUGUAGUCAAUGCUGUAUGGAAGUUUACUGAGCAUAGCCAGUUUUUUAAUAUUUUACACAUAUAAGUGUAAUUAGUUUUAACACGUGUUCUUAUAGUGCAAACACCCUGCCUCAGAGCUUAGUCUAAUCUAUGGUCCCUCCUACAGGCCUUCACAAUUCAAAACCACUCAAAUCUUGCUAGCAGGCCUAUGCUAAUGCUACUAUUUUCCCCACCUCCAUUCCCAGUCCUUGUCCACCCAGCCCCAGACCACACUAACCAGCCGAGAGCCUGCUGCCAGUCAGCAGCAGGGCAAAGUCUGCUUUAAAUCAACACGUUCCAGCCUCCCAGCCAGCCAGCAAUUAUUUCCGUAUCUCCAGCACUGCACGUUGUCACGUUAUAGGUACUUCUACAGCUCACUCAUCAAACAUUAUCUCCCAUUACAUCUCUCGGUAUCGUUGCACCAGUUUGUCUCACCCAAAUGUAUUACAAUAAUGCUUCUUUAUCUCUGGACUUUAUCAUGAUGCUCACCAUUAGCAGUGAUCGGUGCAGAGGACAGGGGCUUACCUAGAGGAGAGAGGAUGCAUUUGGAGACGUUUGGAAAUAGAUCUAAAGAAUGGAAAUAGAUCUAAAGAUAAUGUUCAGAGUCAGUGCUGAAGCGUUUAGGAUGUCAGGCAGUUCCUGUGUUAAGAAAAGAUGCAUUCAUCAACAGUACAGGCUAUAACAAAGCAGAUGACUUUUACCACAAUUAGAAACAUCACUUAAUGAUGUGAUGAGUGCAUGAUAGAAAGGUAGGCGUAAAGUGAUGGCGGAGCUCUGUGGCUUCUCUGGGUAGCCUUGCCUCAAAAAGGAUUUGGCACUGAGCACUGAACAGGUAUUUGAUCGUGAAGCCAAAUAAGAUCACAGUAUUGAACCUUGAAGAGUGAUUACAAAUUCAAGCUAAAGGAGUGAUCUUGAACAGAAGUAUUUUUUAACCCUUUAUGAUAAGUGAAGUUAAACUUUUAGCUGCUGCACCUUUUUAGGCGUUAAUGCACAGUACACUGUAUGUAGCACUUCUCUAAUUGUGGACAGUGUGAACAACCAUGUCACAGGCUGCUGGGUAAAGACCCGGUCACGCCAGCACUUGAAAUGGCGAGAUUUUAUGGCAAAAAAAACAAAUUACUACAAUGGAAUUGAUAGGAUAAGUGAUCUUGCUCAUGCGGUGAAAGUGAAACCGUGCAAAAUAUUCACAUCAUUGUAUUUGUUGACCCCCACUAGAUGGUGGUCUUUGUUUGAAGAAAAAGGCUCAAGGAAUGGUAAUUCUGUGCGCUUUCAACCCUUCGUUGAACAGAGAGCGCCAUCUAGUGGGCUCAGAAAAUAGAGAAAAUGGUCCAUGAAGCUAGCCAUCACUAGUA